AUGAAAGAAAAUCAACAUGAGAGUGGAGCACAUGCUUUACUAAAAUUGGGCACUAAACGAGAAAAUGACAAUGAUAAUGAGGCUGCCCAAAAUAACCAUAUCAACGAUGCAGUUGAAGCAGCAGUGAUGAAAUAUGUGGGAGGGACCUUGGGUAGUCAUGAUUCUAAAAAGAAGAGAAAACAUGAUGCUGACGAUUAUGCAUUUGCUCAAUGGACAGGUUUUCUUGAUGAUAACUUUAUGAACGAAGCAUCAUCUGAUGCAGUUGCUCCUUCAUCAACACCACCGAAAAAGAAGAAAAAGAAAGAUAAAAAGAAAGACAAGGAAAAAGACAAAGAGAAGAAGAAAGACAAGGAAAAGAAGAAAGAAAAGAAAAAGAAGAAAGAAAAGAAAAAGAAGAAAGAAAAGAAAAAGGAUAAAAAGGAUAAAAAGAAGAAGAAGAAACACCGCCAUCGCGAUCACGACGAGCAUGCUAAGAAUGAAGAGGGACCAGAACAAGGAGACGAAUUAACAAGGCAUAUUGAGGUUGAAGAUAGUGCUGUCAAAGAAAAUGCAGAUACAGGAUAUGCGGCUGACAGAAAUACAGUUGAAAAGAGUACAGAGGAAAGGAAUAUAAAAGUCAGAAAUGUAGAUCAAGGGAACACACGUGCCGGCCCCACAGUUGAGGAAAAGAAUCAAUUUCAUGAUAUCGAUGAAGCACAAAGUAAAUUGAUUGAAGCUGCCAUUCAGAAUGCUCAUGGAUUAACUCAUGAAUUGAAUGAAGCUCAAGAACAGAGAAUAUUAGAAGCUGCCAAUGAAGUUGUUGCCUCAGAAUCAUUUUUAAACAAUGAUAUUACUUUGCCAAAUAUGGGAUCUCAAUCGAAUUUCUCCUUUACAUUAAACACUUUCCCAGUCCCAGUAACAGCAACCCAAGAUGAGACGAAAACUAGAAAAAGAGAUAUACCCAAAGAACCACACAAGUUACCUGAAUAUGAUUUCAGCACAUUAUCAGAUGUUCAAACUUUGACAAAAGAUAUAUACAAAAAGACAUUAGAGUGGUAUAAUCAGAAUGUAAAACCAGAAGAUAGAAAGAAACCACGUGCGUUUUCACCCGAAGAAGAAUCAUAUUUAGAUUAUUAUCUUGCUGGGUAUUGUCAUUUAACCAAAAUGAAUAGAGAAGACCUUUGUCAAAGAGUGUGGGCAUCAGGGGUAAUCAAAGAUGGAUUUUGGAGAAACAUAUAUAAAGUAUUUUCUUAUCGUUCGGUUUCAUCAGUUUAUAAACAUGUUCGAAGAAAAUUCCACAUUUUCGAUGUUCGAGCAAAAUGGACUAAAUCCGAUGAUGAACAAUUGAAACAAUUGACAUUGACAUAUCCAAGUAAAUGGAAACAGAUUGGUGAACUUAUGGGAAGAAUGCCUGAAGAUUGUCGUGAUCGUUAUAGAAAUUAUUUGGUUGUUGGUGAGAAUAGGAAAAAAAGUAAUUGGACCCAAGACGAGGUGGACAAAUUGAUGGCUAUUGUUGAUGAGCAAUUGGCUGUUGUAUCUACUGUGAACUGGACACUUGUUGCUGAAAAAAUGGGGACACGGUCUCGUAUCCAAUGUCGCUAUAAAUGGAACAGAAUGAAAGGCAUUAAUCAAGAUAAAUAA